AUCAUUUGUAGUGCUGUCGCUGGUCUUGAGUUUUGGUGAAAUGGGUGUUGCUAUGAUGGUGUCGGUCAGAAUGGCUCCUCCUCUUCUUCUGAUCUUUCUGAUUAUGAUUCACAUGGUUUCUGCUGAUUGGGGUGUGAGAUACAGUCCUUCACACAUCUGUACACUAAAGAACUCAUCAGUGAUAAUGAACUGCACUUAUACAUACCCUACUGGACAUAAGAUUGAGAAAGUGUUCUGGACCAGAAGACUUGGAAUAAAGGGUGAAGAGCCUCUAGAUCUGUCUGAUGAUCCUGAAUACAGUCAGAGGCUUCAGUAUCUGGGAGACAAACAGCAGAACUGCACCAUCAGACUGAGUCAUGUGACACAGAACGACCAACACAUGUACUAUUUCAGAUUCAUAACUAAUAUAGAUAAAUGGACUGGUGAUCCAGGAGUGAUUCUUAAUGUCACAGAUCUUCAGGUGGAGGCUCCUGAGAGAGUGACAGAGGGUCAUAAUGUCAGUCUGACAUGUAAAAGCAGCUGCACUCUGACUGACAGAGCAACAUUCAUCUGGUACAGAAACUCACAGCCAUUAACUGAGAGAAGAGACAGAAACAAUCAACUCCUGCUGCAGUCAGUCAGAAGAGAGGAUGCAGGCAGAUACAGCUGUGCUCUACAUGGACACACUUACAUCUCUCCUGCUGCUCAGCUCAAUGUCUCCUAUGCACCAAAAAACGUCUCAGUAUCCAUCAGUCCAUCUGUAAUAGUGGAGGGAGAUUCAGUGACUCUGAUCUGCAGCAGUGAUUCAAACCCUCCUGCUCUGAACUUCAGCUGGUUUAAAGGAGGAAUGUUUGUAGGAUCUGGAAGAAUCUACAGCAUCUCAAACAUCAGCUCUGAUCACAGUGAAGAAUACAAGUGUAGAUCCAUCAAUGAACAUGGAGAGAAAUACUCUGAUGCUGUGAUGCUGAAUGUGAUGUAUGCUCCAAGAAAUGUAGUGGUGUCCAUAACUGGAUCUGGUGUAAUAUUGAAGGGAGAUUCAGUGACUCUGAUCUGCAGCAGUGAUUCAAACCCUCCUGCUCUGAACUUCAGCUGGUUUAAGGAGAAUCAAAGCUCAGCUGUUGGAUCUGGACAGAGUUUCAGUGCACUACAGAGUGGACGCUUCUACUGUGAGGCUCACAAUCAACAUGGAUCUCAGAGAUCAGACGCUGUUACUGUAACGGUUAAAGGACAUCUAGUGAUACUGUACAUAACUGUUGGUGUGAUUUGUGGAGCUGCAGUUAUCUUAACAAUGCUUAUUUGGAGAAGCAGGAUGAACAAGAAAAAAGACACACUUGAAACUCAGAUGAAUCAUUUCAGACCUGAUCAUGAUAGAUGUACAGCAUCUGAUGUUGAGUCGACUGAUCCUUUAUAUGAGAAUGUUACGAUGAAUGUAUCCAGACCUUGUGAUGUUGAGAUGACUGAACCUGUGUAUGAGAAUACAACACAUGAAAAAACCAUAGUUUGGGACACUGCCUUUUUUGUCUCUGUGGGUGGAGCCCUGAAUGAUUGACAGCAGCGUCUUGAUUUACAGAAAUGUAUUUACCAAUUGGUUUUAUCCAGAGAGACUUGCAGACGAUGAGCCAUAAAUGUGCUGUAAUUUUAUUUGAGAUAAAGCAUAAAAAUACCUCAUGAAUUGGUAUAAAAACAGUCUUCAUUUACAAGAAAAAAGUGCAUCUGAAAACUAAUAUAAUCCUAUAAAACCUUAUUGUAUGUAAAGUGUUACAUAUUCUGCUUAUUCAGUGUAUUUAAAGAUUGUAUAUUGCACUUUUAAUAAACUGUAUUGUAGUACCGCA